CAAAAACAACUGUCAAGUCACAAAAACGAUGUCAAAACAAAAGUUGAUCUAAAACACCGUUUUGUAUAAUUAAUUUUUGGUAGUAUUACUACUUAGAAUCUAAAAAGUAUUCUUAUAUUCUAAAACGAAAAAGUAAUCACAAUGGCUGCUAUCCUGGGUGGCGGGCUUUCCGGCCUUGCUACAGGUUACUAUCUGAUAAAAAACAAUGUUAUGAAUAACAAUAAUUUAAAGUUGUAUCUAUUUGAAGCUACGAGUUCUUGUGGUGGAUGGAUCAAAACUAUAAAGACCAAAGACUAUACAUUUGAACAGGGGCCCAGGACUAUCCGACCAAAAGGUGUUACAGGACUUAACACUCUAAAUAUGAUUCAAGAUUUAGGAUUGAGUCAACACAUAUCACCUAUAAGACCCGACCAUCCUGCAGCGAAAAAUAGAUUGAUAUAUGUCAAUGACGCUCUUCAUGUACUGCCAUCCAGUUUCAAAAGUGUUUUUAAGAAAAAUGAACCUUUUUCCAAGCCAUUAAUUUUUGCGCUUUUUAAUGACAUUAUAAAACCUCAGGCACAGUUAAAAGAUGACUCUAUUUACAACUUUGUUGAAAGAAGAUUUGGAAAAGAGAUAGCUGAUUAUGCUAUUUCACCAAUGAUAUGUGGUAUAUGCGCUGGAGAUGCCAAAGAAAUAUCUGUGAAAUUCCUCAUGAAAACUUUAUUUGAGUGGGAACAAAACCAUGGUGGAGUCUUAAAAGGACUCAUGCGAUCGAUGUUUAAAUCCAAAAAUAAAGAAAACUUGCAGUUGCCUCUGAGUGAUCUGGCAAAGAAGGCACAAGAAGAAAACUGGAAUGUAUACACAAUUAAAGGUGGUCUAGAAACCUUCCCAAACACUUUGUUCAGUUACCUCAAAGAGAAUGAUGUGAGCAUAAAUAUGGACACUAGGGUGGAAGAGAUCAAGUUCAUUGACACGGGUGCAGUUUUUCUAAAACUUAAAACUGGCCAAUUGAUUAAGGCAAACCAUGUGUAUGCUGGAGUCCCGGCAUACACUCUAGCAAGAUUGGUAUACAAACAACAUCCAUACUUAUCAACACUUUUGAGUGAAAUUCCAUUUGUGACAGUUGGUAUAGUUAAUUUAUAUUUCAGAGGUGAUAAAUCUCUGUUAGCUCCAGCAUUUGGAUUUCUUGUUCCUCCAAUUGAAAACUCACCAAUUCUUGGAGUUGUGUUUGAUUCAUGUUGUCUACCAGAUCAGAAUGGAACUGUCCUCACAGUCAUGAUGGGUGGAAGAUGGUUCCAACAAAAAUUUGGAGAUGAUCCUUCUGAAGCUAACUUGCUGCAAGUGGCUUUGCAGGAAAUUGAUAGAAUCUUGCAUAUAAAAGAUGAACCAGCUUCAUACAAUGUGAAUAUUUUGGAAGAGUGCAUACCUCAAUAUGUUGUUGGUCACUAUGAGAGGGUUGAAAAAAUUCGAAAGUACAUCACAGAUGAGAAUUUGCCCAUGUCAUUAGUGGGUUGUAGCUAUGAUGGUGUUGGUAUAAAUGAUGUUAUUUAUUCGGCUAAGACUCAAGUUGAAGAAGACCUUCCAGACUUUAAAAAGAAUAUAGAUUUGAAUAUGACUGUGGAUAAACCUUGAUAAUGGACAGCAGUUUACAAUAUUGUGGAUAUUAGUAUGGUAAUGGGGCUUGGGACUCAAUCACUUGAUCAUGUAAUUUUUUUGGUGUAGAAAUGUAAAGGAUUAUUAACCUUGCAUGUUGCAUUAAUAUUGUGGUACUUAUUAAUGUUUUCCUAACUGCAAGCUGUUAGUGUUAUCAAAUAAGCAUACAAAUUUAAAAAUCUUAUACUUAUGUACUUCCUGGAUGUGAUUAUAGAAGUUAUUCCAUCAACUAACAGAAGCUCUAUAUUUUGCAUGCAAAUGCCAUAUUUCUUAAGUGGGAAAAUAAAUUAACACUCCAGUAAUAUUUAUCUGAUUUAUUUGAUAUAUUUUUUUAUUAUAAAAAGAAAAAAAUGAGAAUGUGGAUG